UGUACUGUAGUUCUAUCUAAAUUUAUCUUAUUCCUUUAUAAAUGUCACGAAACCAUGUCAUUCCAAAUCACAUAUUGCGUUAUUUUCCUGUUUAUUAACCUAUCCACAACUGACGGAGGGUUGACAUGUUUGAGUUGUAAGCACGUGGUACAGCCCGGCGAUUGUUUCAAACUGACAACAUGUGGCGACCACGAGCAAUGUUACUUGAGACGUUAUGUGACGUCAUCCGGAACAACAUGGUAUGAUGUUGGAUGUCUAGAUAAUACGAAAUGUGCCGCUAUAUCCGGGCUACCACAGACUGCUCGUCCCACUACAGUCGGAAAUAGUAGAACACUUCCUCCAUCGAUCAUAGGCAAACGUCAAAACGAGGCUAAUAUGACACAAUCGCCCAUUACGGCCAGACACUACACAUUGCCGCCAUCUAUAAUAGGAAAACGUCAAGAUGCUGACGGAGAAACGACACUGUGUGAGCACUGCUGUAAUAGUAGUACGAUAUGUAAUACAGGUGGAUACUGUGGAUCUCUCUCUUUGAACAAUCCUGGUCCCAUAUGUUACAGUUGUAAAGAAGCACAGACCGCUGACAGUUGUGACCAGAUUGUUCAAUGUGGCGAAGACGAGAAAUGUUUUAUUGGACAAGUAUUUAAUCGACUAUCUCAAGAAAAAAGAUGGACACAUGGGUGUAAAAGUAAUAAAACGUGUGUAUAUACACAAGGGAAGAGAGAUAUAGAUGAUGGAAACAGUCAAGUAUGUGAGGAGUGUUGUGAGGAUCACUUGUGUAAUAAUGUGUGCACAAACUUCGUGGAUUGGAACGCCCCCUUUACCACGCCAACUGAUAAUAUCACUUCUGCUGUACCGACCUCGCCAUCUUUUAAGACUGCUUCGACAACUGCAAUGUCUACACUUGAGAUUAUAAAAACAACAUUGCUGAUGACAAAAACAAAACUGCCGACGGCAAAAACCACUGCACUGCCUACGACUAAAACAACUUCAUUGCCGACAACAGAAACACCAACAACUAAAAUACCGACGACAAAAUCAACAACUAUUCCAACGACAGAAUUAGCAACAACAACCAUACCGACAACAACGACAACCACAGUACCAACGACGACGCUAGACCCUGUUGUCAUGGUUAAUUGUAAUUUUGAGGCUGGUCUUUGUAAUUGGCACCAAGAUAAAAUGGACGAUGGAGACUGGAGAAUACACUCAGGUCCAACAGCUACGGAUAAAACUGGACCAGAUAGUGAUCAUACAUUAGGCAAUGAAAAAGGACACUAUUUAUACAUAGAAGCAUCGGAUAUGAAUUAUCAGAACUUUGUUCGAUUGCUUUCCAAUAAUAUUGUAUGGCCACAGAGAACAUGUUUAACGUUCUGGUAUCAUAUGUAUGGACAUUUCAUAGCAUCUUUGAGUGUUUAUAUAAAGGAUAGUGAUGGAAAUUUACAAAAACUAUGGAGUCAGUCGGAAAACCAUGGCAACAACUGGUUACCAGCCAAAAUAAAUUUACCAGAUACUCCAGGACAAAUAGUAAUAGAAGGGUACAGGGGAGCAGAUAUACAUGGCGAUAUAGCAAUAGACGAUAUUACACUGGUUCGUAAUUGUGGUCCUUAAUAUUUGAUAACAGGAAUGAUAGGUGAUUGGUAUUGACGAGACGUACCAUGAUGUGACAAAAUAAUGUUCAUCUAAAGUUGCCUCUGUUUUAAUAUCUAAAGAGUUUAAUGCUUGUUUAUUCAGUGGUGUGCAUGGAAAAUCACACCAUCUUUUCUGUUUUUCUCUCCUCUAAUAAAUAUCAUUAUAGCUGAUAUCAAUAUAGUAUACAAGGCA